AACCUCGUCUCAUACUUUUCCAACAAAAAAUAAAAAACAAAAAGAAAACAACUACAAAAAUAUUGUCUGAAGAGAAGCAAAGAAGCUUCCUUCUCCUCCCUCUCCCCCAUCCACCACCACCAUCAUGGCGGCUUCUGUAGAGAACCGGCAAUUUGGCCGCCUUGAACCGGCCUUCCAGGGCGUCCCCCGCCCAUUCAAACCCGGUCCGACAUCCCAGCGCCGGUCCGACUCCCCUGUUCGUGGCUGCAACUUCCCUCCAUCCGCCGACAUCACUUUCCCCAACAAGCCCAAUAUGAAUGGCAAUGCCAGAUUUGAUUACUCCUCCAGUGAUGAGGACGAUGAUGACGAAAAUGAUUACUCUUUGGCUAUUAAGAAAGCCAACGCCGAGUUAGAACCAUCGGUUCUCGACUCGCGGGACGAGGCCACCGCCGACAACUGGGUGGAGCGCAACCCCUCCAUGGUUCGGCUCACCGGAAAACACCCCUUCAACGCAGAGGCGCCGCUUCCCCGCCUCAUGCACCACGGUUUCAUCACCCCGGUCCCCCUCCACUACGUCCGCAACCACGGGCCAGUUCCUAAGGCGGUCUACGAAGAAUGGACGGUCGAAGUCACCGGUCUCGUCAAAAGACCCAUGCGGUUCACCAUGCACCAACUCGAAACCGAGUUCCCAAGCAGAGAAUUGCCCGUCACACUCGUUUGCGCCGGAAACCGCCGCAAGGAACAAAACAUGGUCAAACAAACCAUCGGUUUCAACUGGGGCGCCGCCGGGGUUUCGACCUCGGUGUGGCGGGGCGUGCCUCUACGCGCUAUUCUUAAGCGAUGUGGGAUUAUGGGCAAGAAAAAAGGCGCACUCAACGUGUGUUUCGAAGGGGCAGAAGAUUUGCCCGGCGGCGGCGGAUCGAAAUAUGGGACGAGCCUGAAGAAGGAAAUAGCCAUGGAUCCAGCGAGGGAUAUCAUACUGGCUUACAUGCAGAACGGCGAGAAAUUGACGCCGGAUCAUGGGUUUCCGGUGAGAAUGAUAAUUCCGGGCUGCAUCGGCGGGAGAAUGGUGAAAUGGUUGAAGCGCAUAAUCGUUACAACACAGGAGUCCGACAAUUAUUAUCAUUACAAGGACAACAGGGUUCUUCCAUCCCACGUUGAUGCCGAACUAGCCAACGCUGAAGCUUGGUGGUACAAGCCUGAAUACAUCAUCAACGAGUUGAACAUCAACUCGGUCAUUACGACGCCGUGCCACGAAGAGAUAUUGCCCAUCAACUCCUGGACCACUCAGAGGCCUUACACCUUGCGGGGAUACGCCUAUUCUGGGGGCGGGAAGAAAGUGACGAGAGUGGAGGUAACGUUGGAUGGCGGAGAAACAUGGCAAGUAUGUGUGCUGGAUAUUCCCGAGAAGCCUAACAAGUACGGGAAAUACUGGUGUUGGUGCUUCUGGUCACUUGAGGUGGAGGUGCUCGACCUGCUCGGGGCCAAGGAGAUUGCAGUCCGAGCAUGGGAUGAGACCCUCAACACACAGCCCGAGAAGCUCAUCUGGAAUGUCAUGGGGAUGAUGAACAACUGCUGGUUUCGAGUAAAAACCAACAUGUGCAAGCCACACAAGGGAGAAAUCGGGAUCGUUUUCGAGCACCCAACUCAGCCCGGCAACCAAUCUGGCGGAUGGAUGGCGAAGGAGCGCCACCUCGAAAAAUCUUCCAACGAGAACCAAACCUUAAAGAAGAGUGUCUCCUCCCCAUUCAUGAAUACAACCUCCAAAACGUUCUCCAUCUCCGAGGUUAAAAAGCACAACUCCCCUGACUCUGCCUGGAUCAUCGUCCACGGCCAUGUCUACGACUGCACCCGCUUCCUCAAAGAUCAUCCCGGCGGCACUGACAGUAUCCUCAUCAAUGCUGGCACCGAUUGCACAGAGGAAUUUGAUGCCAUACACUCCGACAAGGCCAAGAAAAUGCUCGAGGACUAUAGAAUCGGUGAGCUGAUCACUACUGGCUAUGCCUCCGCGGAUUCCUCCCCGAAUAACUCGGUGCAUGGCGCAAGUAGUAAUCUUCACUUAGCACCAAUUAAAGAAGUUUCGUCGACGACGAGGAACGUCGCCCUUGUGCCGCGUGAGAAAAUUCCAUGCAAACUCGUUGCCAAAACUUCACUCUCUCACGACGUGAGAUUGUUCCGGUUUGCAUUGCCGAAUGAAGACCAAGUUCUGGGAUUACCUGUCGGGAAACACAUUUUCCUCUGUGCCACCAUUGAUGAUAAGCUCUGCAUGCGAGCAUACACACCGUCGAGCACUGUCGACACUGUCGGAUACUUCGAGCUGGUGGUGAAAGUUUACUUCAAAGGGGUUCACCCAAAAUUCCCUAAUGGUGGGCUAAUGUCGCAACAUCUCGACUCCCUGGAAUUGGGUUCUUCAGUAGACGUAAAAGGACCGCUGGGCCACAUCGAGUACAACGGAAAAGGGUACUUCACCGUGCAUGGCAAACAAAAGUUUGCCAAGAAACUUGCUAUGAUCGCCGGCGGGACAGGAAUCACACCAAUUUAUCAAGUGAUGCAGGCAAUUCUGAAGGAUCCAGAAGAUGAUACGGAGAUGUACGUGGUUUACGCAAAUCGAACGGAGGAUGAUAUUUUGCUGAAAGAUGAACUUGAUGCAUGGGCGGAGAAAUACCCCGACAGAGUCAAAGUAUGGUAUGUUAUUCAAGAGAGUAUAAAGGAAGGGUGGACAUACAGUUUGGGAUUCAUCACUGAAAGCAUAUUAAGAGAGCAUAUCCCUGAGUCAUCGGAAACCACCCUAGCCUUGGCUUGUGGGCCGCCGCCGAUGUUGCAGUUCGCGGUGAACCCAAAUUUGGAAAAGAUGGGAUACGAUACUAAGGAAAAAUUGUUGGUGUUUUAGAUUAAAUUAAUAAUAUAUAGUGUAAUAAUUCUGGGUGGAAAUUAUAAUCUCCGUACGUGACUUGUAAAUAAAGUCUAUAUUGUAAUUUUUUCUUCGUGUAUUUUAACGUUGUGAUAUGUCCUCUUCUUGCGGAUAUUUUUCUUUUUCUUUAGUGCCA